CCUCACCGCAAGCCCCCUCACACUCACCCACUCGCUCCCUCACUCUCAGAUUGCACAUACAGAUACACAAACACACACAAUCACACAUGAGCCCAUUUGAAUUGCAAGUGAGCUCUGUUCACUACCAGAGGAGGUAAACAGAGGGAACAAGUGAAAAGAACAGGAGGGGGGAAAGGGUGACAGAGAGAAAACAAGAAGAGAAGAGGGGAUACAGCCUUCACUGACCGGAUGACAUUCACACAGUGUUUAGCAGGACAAGCCUCCACAUGUGAAGGACUGAGAGACAGAGAGAAAGAGUGAGGAGAGUGCCUGGAGAGCCUUGAACCACACCAGGGCACAUAGAAGCUGGGACAGCCCUGAAGGGACACCUGAUCCCUGAAGAGACACUUCCUGAAGUAGGGAGUGAGCAGCACCCCAUGGGAGACAGAGUCAGUGGAACACCCGACAACAACCUGCUGUCGCUCCUCCUCUCCUCGCGACCGGCUCUCAUCCCCUUCUCCUCCUCCUCCAUCCUCGCUCCCUCUAUCAUUUGAUCCCAUUCCUCAAUCCCUGCGCAGGAGAGGGAGAGCGUGCACUGAGAAAAGCCUGGGAGAUAUCCAAGACGUGGUGACUGAGGAAAGUCAAAGAGUGAAAGAGACAGAGAGCAAGAACCAGCGAUGGCACUCAUGUCCCUGUCCUGGUGUCUCGGUGCAGCUUUGGCACUGUUUUGUGGCUCUUCAUGGCCCCAGGCACACUCAGCCCUGGCACCUGAGAAUGAGGUGCCACUUCGCCCAACUACUUGGUUACCAGAAGGAAAGAUCACCUCCAUAACUCUCCCCAAAGGACGAACUCGCAGGCUAUACUUCACACUGAAGAAGAAGGCUCCGGCGAUGUCGGUGACCGUCAGCCCCUGCGACUUCCCCAUCGAAUGGAGCUUGGCUGCCCGCACCCGGAAGGACAAACCCCUCAAGAGCGUGCAGUGGAGCACCAAAAAGAGUAUGCCCGAGGUGUGGUGGCGAGGUCCUGGGACUGACGAGAAAAUGCACAGCUUCACAGGCAAUGCAGUGGACUCCUACAGGGGUCCUUCCUAUCCCCAUGCUUCCAUCUACAUCCUGAAGCUGCGCUCCAAACAGCAGAACACCAGAGCUACAGUGUACCUCCAUGAAGGCCUGGGGCCCUCAGGCGCCUUCCCUCUGCUCCCAGCUGACCCUCGAGUUCACACAUUAGGUGUAGGCAUGACCAGUGUCACCCUCAGCUGGUCGCCCAGUGCCUCCAUAACCAGCCUCCCACACACACAGAAAAGUUAUGAUUACUGCGUCCUCGUCAACUCUCAGCAAAACUACCCCAGCCUGUGUGCUGCACAAGAGAGCAUGAGGAAAGAGAAAGAUCAGAAACAAGAAAAGAAGGAGAGGAGGAGGAGAGUGACAGUGUGGCCGAUUUUGAAAGAGUGGUGGUGGCAGCAGUGGGACUCUUAUCCUGAACCACAGAGUCCACCUUCUUCCUUCGCUGAUGAGUAUGCUGAUCUCCAGUGUGUGUGUCAGGGGACAGAGAGCGUUUGUACCGUCUCUGAGCUCCUGCCUGACACCCAGUACUACUUUGACGUCUUCGUGAUCGACAGGCUGAACGCGACCAGCAUGGCGUACGAGGGGACAUUUGCUCGAACACACGAGGAGGCUCGGCCGGCGAUCACCACGCUAAGAGAAGGGGAGCUGAGGUGGGUGACCUUCCACGACAGAGGCUCCAACUCAGAGCAGUUCUUCACUUUCCGUCCUCGGGGCUUGCAGCAGAGUGGCCUCCUCACAUUGCAGAGCUGCGGUGGAGGUGAAAAGGUCAAGGUCACCGUGUCCAGUAAAGGUCAGGUUUUGACCUCCCAGUCUGUGGGGGAAGAUUUAGCGCACAUUUGGCUCCAGGGAAGUCCUUCCUAUCUCAUCCACUUGGAGAGAGAAGGAACGACCACAGGUACAGACCCAGCUCUACCAGGAGGUCUGAUGGCUUCAGUCAAAAUUCAGACCUCCUCAGCCUACCACCGCGGAGGGGUCCCAUCUCUUCCCUCAACCUUGCAGAUAAAAUCCUUUAACCGGUUGCGUGGUUGCAACAGUGUCACCCUGGCCUGGAUGGGCACAGAGGAAAGAAGUCUGUACUGCGUGUACCGCAGAAAGCUGGGAAACCAUGAAGCAGAGGCUGGGGGAGCAUCAGGUCUAACUGCGCCCUGUCUGGGGCCAGAGUCCCGCUCUGACACCGAGAGGGUUCUCUGCAAGUAUUUCCAGGAGCUGAAUCCUCGGCGGGCUGUCACUACAGCGGUGAUUGGGGGCCUGGAGCCAGGGAUGACCUAUGUGUUUGAUGUCUAUCUAAUGAGACGCUGGGGGAUCCCUAUCAAGUACGCCAGCAAGAUGGUGAAGACCAGAAAGGAAUGCUGAGCUGCCGCCCCCUACAGGAAGUUUUUAGACUGUCCCAGUUUAGGGGAAAAUGCAUCGGCCAUGGACAUGCUGUAAAGACUGACCAUGAGAACGAAGCCAUUUGACUGUUGUGGAGAGACUGUUACCAUAACAAGGAAAUAUUCCCCCUGGAGGAGCAAUGGUUAUAUUCAAACUCCACUUGCACUAUCCAUGCGAGUGAAUGGAAAGCAUAUGAGAAGGAUCUGCACACCAGCAAAAGUUCAUAACAUUUACAAUACAACCCUUGUGCUUUUGUCAUUUUGUUUUUCAUUGUUGAUCAUGAUAAUGAUGUGCCAGUUGUCCAAGUGCUUAUUUAGUUUCUGAGUACAAAGGACAGAUGAGGUUUGUGAUGACAGAAAGUCAAUACAAAAACAACAACAGAGACUGUGCCAAAUAUGCAACAGAAACAGAUGGGGCAAUAAUUGGAUAACAUCUGAGACAGGGGGGUUUGCAGUGUAUAUUUCCAGUGCUGCAUAUUGUACAGGCUUAUAAACACAGAUGGGUGCAAUCUACAGAUGCUUAGUUCAAAGUCAGUGUGUAUCUUUGUGUUCUGCUUUCGCAUGAAGCAGUGAAAAAUACUUAGUGACUUGUCUCAUUGUCUUUGAUGUAUUCUUGUGCUGCUUCAAACGCACCAAUAAAUACUAGGGUAUCUGUA